GGCCGCGCCCCCCCGGCCCCGCAGGCGCGGCCCGGCCCGGCCAUGCCGGCCAAGAGGAAGCCGGUGCUGCCCGCCCUCAACAUCGCCCCCAGCGCCGCCGAGGGGCCCAGCCCCGACGGCUCCGCAGAGGCUAACCUGGUGGACCUGCAGAAGAAGCUGGAGGAGCUGGAGCUGGAUGAGCAGCAGAAGAAGCGCCUGGAAGCUUUCCUGACCCAGAAAGCCAAAGUGGGGGAGCUGAAGGACGAUGACUUCGAGAGGAUCUCCGAGCUGGGCGCUGGCAAUGGCGGGGUGGUCACCAAAGUGCAGCACAAACCCUCAGGGCUCAUUAUGGCACGGAAGCUGAUCCAUUUGGAAAUCAAACCAGCCAUCAGGAACCAGAUCAUCCGGGAGCUGCAGGUGCUGCACGAGUGCAACUCCCCCUACAUCGUGGGCUUCUACGGGGCCUUCUACAGCGACGGGGAGAUCUCCAUCUGCAUGGAGCACAUGGAUGGUGGCUCUUUGGAUCAAGUGCUGAAAGAAGCCAAAAGAAUUCCUGAGGAAAUCCUGGGCAAAGUCAGUAUAGCGGUUCUGCGGGGCCUGGCCUACCUGCGGGAGAAGCACCAAAUCAUGCACAGAGAUGUGAAACCCUCCAACAUCCUGGUGAAUUCCCGAGGGGAGAUUAAGCUCUGUGACUUUGGGGUCAGCGGGCAGCUCAUUGACUCCAUGGCCAACUCCUUUGUGGGAACUCGGUCCUACAUGUCUCCCGAGCGCCUGCAGGGCACGCACUACUCGGUGCAGUCGGACAUCUGGAGCAUGGGGCUGUCCCUGGUGGAGCUGUCGAUCGGAAGGUACCCAAUCCCCCCGCCAGACUCCAAGGAACUGGAAGCAAUUUUUGGCCGUCCUGUGGUGGACGGGGCGGAGGGAGAGUCCCCCAGCAUCUCGCCGCGGGCCCGGCCCCCAGGACGCCCCGUCAGUGGCCACGGGAUGGACACCAGGCCUGCCAUGGCCAUCUUUGAGCUGCUGGAUUACAUCGUUAAUGAGCCACCUCCCAAGCUGCCAAGUGGAGUCUUCACGCAAGAUUUCCAGGAGUUUGUAAAUAAAUGCUUAAUUAAGAACCCAGCAGAACGAGCAGAUCUGAAGAUGCUGAUGAGCCACACGUUCAUCAAGCGCUCCGAGGUGGAGGAGGUGGAUUUCGCGGGCUGGCUGUGCCGGACGCUGCGGCUGAACCAGCCCAGCACUCCCACCCGAGCUGCCAUGUGAGCCCAGCCUGGCGCUCCUGCCUCUGGCACCGCUUCCUCUCCUCCCUCCAGGGCAGAACUGCCCCUCCUUCCUCCCUCCCAGCGCCAAAGCUCGGCCCCGGGGCGGCUCCAUCCUCCGGGGCUGCCCGCCGGGCUCGGUCCCUGCGGACCUGGGGGUGUUCCAGGCCUCUGCUCCAGCUCUGGAGCUCCUGACACUUGGGAAUUGUGGUGCUGCUUAUGUUGGUUUUUCUUCAUUUUGGGUUUAUUUUUGUUUUGGUUCGGGUUUUUUUGGAUUUUUUUUGGAAAUCAAGAAGGAAGGUGAUGGUGCAGGGAUGAAGGGCAGCUGGUGCUUCACCCAUCCCUGGUUUUCUCUCUGGGGUGGAGAAUCAGUGGGAUCAGGAAUGGAGAAAGCCUGCCUAGGGUGGCCCAGAGCAGUGUCCCUGUCCUGCCUGGGGCCACAGCUGGGCUCUGGGCUGGGGGCAGAGCAGAGGUCGCUGUUUGCCUGCUUUAAAUCUGCUUUAAAUGGUUCUUCUGAAGCCUGGCUUGUCCCUGGCUUGUCCGAGCUGGAUGUUCAGGGGAGGGGUGGAUCCAUGGGGCUGAGGAGGGAGGGAUGGGGAUGGGGGAUGGCUCCCACUUUGCAGUGUCCAGGUGAGGGGAGAGUGUGGAUUUUGGGAUUUUCCUUUCCUGGAGAGGUGGAGGCAGAGCUUGGCUGUUCCUGGUAGCCGUGCCCGGGGUUGGGGUCCCUCCCCUGACCCCAUCGGGGGCACAGGGAACCCUCCAGGCUGCAUUUCCCCCCUCCAGGCUGCAUUUUUCCCCUCCAGCUGCCUCCAGCCCAUCCCAGGGCUGGCCUCAGCCAUCGUGGAUGUGGCAGAGCUCCAGGAUUCCCUGUCAGAGCCCCCUGGCCAGGGAUGAACCCACCCCGAGCCCACGUUGUCCCUGGAUUGUCCCUCCCAUCGAGGACCCUGCAGCCCCCCAGGCCCCGACCCCCUCCCUUCCCACCACGUGGAUUUUGGGGUGAAUCAUUCCCCUCCUCCCCCCCCCCCCCCCAACGUGGGCUUGGCAACCCCUGAGCCCCCUGUGAGGAUUUGGGAAGUUGGGUGGGAAUUUUUUUGUGUUUUCCUUCUAUUUUUUUAGCUGUUUUUCACUCAGUCAGGCUGGCAGCUGCCAUCCCCCUGCCUGCCCUGGGUCCCACCAUGGCAGCCCCCCCCCCAAAUUAACUACCAGGGCUGGGUACCCCCAAAUCCCUCAUCCCUUUUCCUUUCCUGUUUUCCAGCACAGGACAAAGGCACUGCCCUGCCUGGAGCCAACCCACAGGGCAACCACGUCCCCAGAGGGGGGACACCCCAAUUUUUUGGGGGGCAACACCCCAGAUUUGAGGGGUCUGUGCUUGCUGGCUUAGCUGAUGCCCAGCCAAGCCCCCCUGGAGCCGUGGGGUGCUCAAUGUGAUGGAUUUUGCCUCUUAUUUAAUGUGGGAAGCAGGGAAGGUUCCUCAAGUUUUGGGCUAUUUUCCAUAGAUUUUGGUGCUGGGAUUUGGAGGAGGGAGAGGAGGAAAAGGAGGAGGAUGAGGAGGAGAGCGUGGAUGGAGCAGUUUGGUGGUGCAAUUAAUUUUUUUUUUUUUUUUAACUCGAUAUUUUCAUCAUGGACGGGGAGGGGGGUUGGGGAAAUAAUAAAUAAACGGCACUUUACAUUUC